AAAAUAAAGAAAAAUGGUUCAUAGAAGGAGGAAAUAAAUAUAGAGGACAUUGGUCAUCCGAUGGUAUGGGAGCAGGUGUAGCCAUACUUCAACGAAACCAUAAAGUAAUAGUAAUGGGCGACUUCAACGCUGUACCAUCGCCAAGUAUAGAUAGAAAUAACAAUAACCAAUUCAACAUCCCAGAGAGUGAAAUUUUCUCAAUAUUAACAGGAAAAGACUUAAUUGAUAGCUAUAGAACCAUAUACCCUGAUUCCAGCGGUUUUACAUGA